UUCGCCACGCGUUCGCGUGCUCUGCAUUGUGCGUUGCGGCCGAGUGCACGUGACCACGGAACAAGCCCAGUGAAUAUGCAUGCGCCGACGCUGAAUCGGCGUUAGAUGUAUGGAACGGCUGUAGCCGACGAUAACGAAGCAAUUGUUCCUCGCCGCGUUACGAAGGUCAAUGUGCGAUAAGUGUUCCUCAUUCUACGCGACAGUGCGUGCAGGGCUCAUUUUAUCUCUCGUUGACGCUUAUCUGGGCACACUGUCUGACGCCACCCAGCAGCGAUAAGCUCGGUAAAGAAAGCCACCACGCUCUUUCGCGAACGUAGGAUUCGUGCCCGAAGACGACGCCAUGCCGGAUCGUGGACAGGGACGAGUGCACCGUUUUCGCGACCACGUCGUCGCCGGCGUCAACUGGCGACCGACGCGGUUCGUCGACGAGGUUCCCAGUUCACGUGCGUGCGGCCUCUGCCGCAUGAUCCCAAAACGGACGGUGCUGUUGCCGUGCGGUCACGCUCUGUGCCAAUCUUGCCACGCAGGCAGUCUCGAAGGGAGCUUUCAGCAGUGUCCAUUGGAUCAAGUGCAAUUCGAAGAAGCGGAAUGCGUGGGUUGUGAAUUCCCCAGGAGAACAGCGAACACCAUGAAGGUAUACUGCUGGAACGAAGCUCACGGCUGCGAGUACACGGGCACCAUGGACCGCAUGUUGGAGCACUACGAGAACGAAUGCACAUUUCACACCGUGGACUGUUUGCGAUGCGGCGAGGGAGUCCAGCACAGAGACCUGGCAACGCACUACGCCGCCGGAUGCAGUGCCGGUGCUUCUGCCCCGAUCACGGAGUCCUCGGAGCAUACAGCAGUGACGCUUGAAGACUUGAACGCUGCCCUUGAAGACGUGAAGGCGAUGUUGGGAUGCCUCAACCACGACCAGCUGCUGCCAGUGAUUCAGAGUCAGCUGAAUGAGCUUAAAGAACAAGCCAGGAACCAGGAAGCCAGGUUCACUCGCGAGCUCGGAGCAUGCGAGAACAACUUAAAGGGCGAGAUGGCUCAAAUCGCCGCCACGAUUUCAUCGACCGUGUCCCAUCAACUCACAUCUCAGCAAAAUCCAUUGGAGGAAGGCAGAACGUCGAGGUCGCUGUCGCUGCGCUCGGGACAGGAGCUGAUACUUCGAAAGUUAGAAGGUUUAGCGCACCUGGAAAACUGGCGGCAAACUUCCCCGAAGCCUGAUUUCGGCCGCGUGAUUGCUCAUUGUAAGGCUUUGAACUAUGGCGUUCGGAAUUUGACCAGUGGGCUGUCGACGCUCGCGUGGAUAAAAAAAAAUCUCUGGGCGCGUUAUAAGCUGACCCUGGAAAACUGUGAGGAAAUCAUUGAGUGGCGGGGAGGCUUAAAACAGUUUGCCGAGAUCACGGUGUGGCACACGAGGGACACGUACUUCACGAUUGCCGUUUCGAAGGACUGCGCUACUCCUGAAUCUUACAUCAUUGUGGAGAUCGAGUUUAACGGGACGCUGGCGUACUCCAAGUGUUGGCCGCCUUUCUGGAGCGUGCGCCCGGUGCAUCCAGUAACAUCCCAUCUACGUUCGUUGACUCCCGUUGCCAUGCGUUGUUACUGCAACCGCGAUGACCUCUCACUGCUGCACUUCCACCUCCAGUUUACUACAGACAUUGCCUCGCUGGAAAACGGCGGCUACCUCCGAGACGGAAAGAUAGCGUUCGAUAUCCAUCUCAGCGAUACAGAUCUGUUCGGUGGGAUCAGAGGAGCACCCUAACGUUCGUAAUCGCAGAAUGUGUACGGCACCGGAGAAUCCUCCUCGCCACUUCACAAAAUGUGUCACAUGAGCUUAACGAAUGUUUUGAUCUCCUUUUUUAUAAAUAAAGCGGGCUCUGCGAAAUUUCUUUUUUUAAAUUUGCUAUCCUUUCUAACUGUCAACCUAUUGUUUUUCUUACUCUACUGGCCGUUCAUAUUGUUUAUUUCUUGUGCUAAUACAGUUUUUUGUUGCGAAA